GUUACAGAUCCGAUCUACAAUCCAAAAUUUUCCGCGAAAUCCUACUCUUCCUCAGAUAAUUUCUUCCAUGGCAAAUACCUGGAGACGAGACAAUAAUAAAGCUGCAAGACUACUUUCAUCAAAACCCCUCGUUUCCUUCUUAAUCCUCACCCUCUCCCUCUAUGUCACCUUCACCUACCUCUCCACUUCCUCCUCUUCAAUUGCAGUGAACACUAUCCACCGUGAACAAGCUCACAAGUUCCCAAUUCCUCCCUUCGAUUGCCACAGUUCUCGACAAGCUGCCCCCAUUAUCGCCAACACGGUGGAGAAUCUCAAGUACCCAUUUAUCUAUUCCCUUGCCGACCUAGGUUCUCUCCCUGAAAAGCCCCACAAGAACAUUGUCAGGCUGCUCAAGGGAAAGCCCUUUAGGAAGCCGGACAUCUCGGCCACCAUUCAGGAGUUACUUGAAGCGAGAAGUAGAAAUGCGUUUGUCGUGGACGUUGGAGCCAAUGUGGGCAUGGCAAGUUUCGCCGCCGCAGUAAUGGGGUUUAGGGUGCUGGCUUUUGAGCCAGUUUUUGAGAAUCUGCAGAGAAUUUGUGAUGGGAUUUGGUUUAAUAGGGUGCGAGAGUUGAUGACGGUUUUUGAGGCAGCGGCGUCUGACCGUAAUGGAAAUAUUACUUUCCAUAAGUUAGUUGGCCGGCUUGACAAUAGUGCUGUUUCAGCCACUGGUGCAAAACUGGCAUUCAAAUCCAAUGAAGAAAUAGCAAUUCAAGUGAGAUCUAUCCCUCUUGAUGAUGUAAUCCCAGAGUCAGAGACGGUACUUCUGCUUAAAAUAGAUGUUCAAGGAUGGGAAUAUCAUGUAUUGAAGGGAGCCAAAAAGUUGCUGUCUAGAAAGAAAAGUGAAGCCCCAUACUUAAUCUAUGAGGAAGAUGAGCGUCUGCUGCAAGCGAGCAAUAGUAGUGCCAAAGAGAUACGGGAAUUUCUCUAUGGUGUGGGUUAUACACAUUGCACGCAGCAUGGUACAGAUGCUCAUUGCACAAAGAGCUGAUUGUAAGCACCAAAUUUUGCCACGGAAAUCAAAACCUAACUGGUUUUUCUUUAGAUUGCACGUCUUUACCCUUGGUCAACUAUGCAAUUUGGUUGCUUCUUGGAUCAAGUUUGUAUUCAUACAAUAGCCAAAAAAGGAUGUUGGUGAUAGUGUGAUACAAAGGUUUACUUCAGUUUCUCAAAUCUCAAGUCUCAUUCGUCUAGUGUUUCAAUGAAGAAGAAAAUGGGGUUUGAGAAUGCUUAUUUUAUGCAGUCAACUCAGUACAGUUUGGUUUCAAACGGGAUGCCAGUAGUUUAUUG